AGUCGAUUUUUAACUUAAAAUAAUUGUAGAAACCAAAUUAAAACACACUUACCCUCGUCCAAAUCAAGUUUUAUCCAUAAAGAGGUGGUGUUGUGAUGGAGUGAUGAGUCUCGCAUGACUGAAACUGAAUUUGCAUUAGAAGAUGCGAUCUAAAUAAAAAAAUAGCGUUAUGUAUACGCUUUGUAGAAACUGAAUUAUUUUCAAAUCUGGUUACACUUUUUUUAAUUUACAAAAGCAUAGCUAUAACAAUGGAGUCGGAAAUGUUAGCUGAAUUGGCUAAUGGCAUCGGAGACAAUCAUAACGUCUCGUCCGAUUCAUCUUCACCUCCUUCGAAACAACCCUUCAUAAUCGGUGUUGCUGGUGGGACUGCAUCUGGCAAAACAACAGUUUGUAAUAUGAUCAUCUCUCAGCUCCAUGAUCAAGGCGUUCUUCUUAUCAAUCAAGACUCAUUUUAUCACUCCCUCAAUGAUGACCAAUUAGCAAAAGUUCAAGAACACAACUUUGACCAUCCUGAUUCAUUUCAUACAGAGCUUCUGCUUUCCUGCAUGGAGAAACUGAAACAAGGCCAAUCUGUUACUAUACCAAUUUAUGAUUUCAAAACCCAUAAAAGCACAGGACCAGGACUUGAGGUUAAACCUGCAGAUGUCAUUAUCUUAGAGGGUAUACUCGUUCUUCAUGAUCCUCGUGUUCGUCAUCUCAUGAACAUGAAGAUCUUUGUUGACACAGAUUCUGACCUUAGGCUUGCGCGAAGAAUUCAGCGCGAUACAGUUGAAAGAGGAAGAAAUGUCCAAAAUGUGCUUGAUCAAUAUGCCCGAUUUGUAAAGCCUAGCUUCGAAGAAUACAUCCUACCAUCAAAAAAACACGCAGACAUUAUAAUUCCGCGGGGGAGAGAUAAUGAUGUCGCUAUUGAUUUGAUAGUACAGCAUAUCCAAACCAAACGCGGACAGCAUGAUUUGUGUAAAAUAUAUCCAAAUGUUUUCGUUGUAACGUCAACAUUUCAGAUACAAGGAAUGCAUACGCUGAUACGAGAUGUCAAAACAACGAAGCAUGAUUUUGUCUUCUAUGCAGACCGAUUAAUUCGAUUGGUUGUGGAGCAUGGUCUCGGUCACCUUCCUUUCACUGAGAAACAGAUUACAACUCCCACAGGAUCCAUAUACCCUGGAGUAGUAUUCUGUAAAAGACUGUGUGGAGUAUCCGUUAUUAGAAGUGGGGAGAGCAUGGAAAAUGCUUUAAGAGCGUGUUGUAAGGGCAUAAAACUUGGUAAAAUCCUCAUUCACAGAGAAGGCAACAACGGCCGGCAGUUGAUUUACAAGAAGCUACCCGCCGAUAUCGCAAGCCGCCAUGUCUUAUUGCUUGAUCCUGUUCUGGCUUCAGGAUACUGUGCUGUAAAAGCUAUAUCUCUCAUUAUCAGCAAGGGAGUUCCGGAAUGCAACAUCAUAUUUCUUAAUCUUAUAGCAGCACCUCAAGGUAUACAUGCAGUUUCUAAGCAAUUUCCAAUGGUCAAGAUUGUAACAUCGGAGAUCGAUGAAACGUUGGAUCAUAAUCUUCGCGUUAUUCCAGGAAUGGGAGAGUUUGGGGAUCGCUAUUUCGGUACAGAUAAUAAUCAUAGCUAGCAAUUGCCUGCCAUCUAAUUUUUGAUUCCAAAACCUUUCCAUUUUCUGCUGUAUUUCAUCAAUUUUGUAUUAAGUUCAGUUCUAUCCAAUACAACUAUAUUUUCAA